GCGAGGCGCGUACAUUAGUGCAAACUGCGAAGCCCAUUUCUGUUCCGAAAGAGAGUUGGAAAUAUAAAGUUAACUUGGUACAGUAAAUCUCCUGAACAAUGUCAGACAACGAAGAAGGAGAUCAGGCACCAAAGUGUUCGUUUUCUACCUAUCUGGCAGAAGGAGACCAGCUUUACCUCAAGGGCGAAUACGUUAAAGCAAUUGAAAGCUACACAACGGCUUUGUUACUGCAGCCGGAUGAUAAGAAUUGUCUGGUGGCCAGAUCGAAAUGCUAUGUAAAGAUGGGGGAUUCUGCAAACGCGCUGAAAGACGCUGAGGCUUCUCUCAAAGAAGACAAAGAAUUUUUUAAGGGUCUUUACCAGAAAGCAGAGGCUUUGUACACGAUGGGAGACUUUGAAUUUGCUCUGGUGUUUUUUCACCGCGGACUCAAACUGCGUCCCGAGCUCCAGGAGUUCAGGCUGGGAAUUCAGAAAGCUCAGGAGGCCAUCGACAAUUCUGUUGGCAGUCCUUCAUCUGUGAAGCUUGUGAAUAAAGGAGAUCUGUCCUUCUUCUACAAACAGGACGAGGGAAGGACACUGAAGCCUAAGGAACACACUCGCCCCCUGAAGAAGGAGCAGAAUCAAAAGAGUAAGAAGAGUCCCAAGAGUGAGAAGACAGCCAAGCAGUUGCUGGGGGAGCUCUACAGUGACAAGGAGUACCUGGAGAAGCUGCUCAAAGAUGAAGAUCUAAUCAAGGGGGAGAUGCGCAGCGGGGAAAAGGUGCAGGACCUCAUCCUCAGCUGCAUCAGCUACCUGGACACGCGCACAGAGUUCUGGCGACAGCAGAAGCCUGUAUACGCUCGCGAGAGGGACCGCAGGCUUAUGCAGCAGAAAUGGAAUAAGACCCAGCAGAGCCCACCCUCCGACCCUACUGCAUACGUGCUGAAGAGCCUGGAGGAGAUCGAUGCCGCUAUGGCUGCAGGCAAUGCUGUUGGCAGCCUUAAGAAGGCUCACCGGGUCCUAAAGACAGUACAGCGUUGGUCAGAGGAGAUGGUUCCCAAUAAGACAGAGGUGCUGGGCAACCUGCACAGCUGCAUUGGGAAUGCUCUGAUUGACCUGGGAGACAUGGAUGGGGCUCUAGAGAGUCACAAGAAGGACCUGGACCUGGCCAGACAGAGCAACCUUACAGAUGCAAAAUCAAGAGCCCUGGACAACAUUGGCCGAGUGUAUGCCAGGAUUGGGAAGUACACACAAGCUAUAGAGGCCUGGGAAGAGAAGAUCCCUCUGGCUUGCAGCAGUCUGGAGAAGACCUGGCUGUUCCAUGAGAUUGGGCGCUGCUACCUGGAACUGGAGCGUCACACUGAGGCCCGGGAUUAUGGUUCACGCUCACUGGAGGCUGCUGACGACACUGGAGAUGAGAAGUGGCAGCUGAAUGCCAGCGUGUUGGUGGCUCAGUCAGAGGUGAAGCUGGGAAACUACGAGUCAGCUGUGGCACACUUCGAGAGAGCGCUUGACUGGGCGAAGCUACUGCGUGACAGCCCCGCAAAGGAGGCCAUUCAAAAGGCUCUAUGUGAAGCGAAGCAACACCUGACAGAGGAGUCAAAAUAGAAGCAUCAUCUGUGGAAGAGUUAAUACUGGCUUAAGCAACGGCAUGGGCAACAUGUGUGGGUUCUUCAUUUAAGUGCUCAUCU